GAGAAAUUUUGAAAAUUUAAAAACCUGGUGACUCCUUUUGAAGCGGUGUGCGAAAGGAAGAGAAGAAAAAGGGGAGGUUGGCAGAACAGAAAACCUAGAAGGAAGGUAGCUGGUUUGAUCGUACAUGUCCGUCCAUGUCUCAAUCUGGCACCACUACACCACACUUAGUCCUCAAGAAUCGUUUCCUGAGUUACUUGAUCUGGCAAUCCAUACCCUCUUCUCUCAUAUUCCUCUUCUUCUCUUCUCUUCUCCCUCACUCCUCACUAUGCUACUUCCUCCUAUUCCUCCCUUUCCACCUUCUCUUCUCCGCAACCCUCUCCCUCGUCUCUUCCCCACACCCUCUCCGCCCCCUCUCCCCUCUCCAUCUCGCCACUCGCCUCCUCCGUUUCCUUUUCAUCCCCGCCACCGCCCCUCACCCCGCUGACUUCCGCGCCCGCUUAAGACUCUCCCUCGCCUUCUUCCUCUUCGUCGCCGCCUCCGCAGCCUCUGGCUUCGCCGCCGCCGUUUCCCUCGCUGGAGUGGCCCCCAUUCGUGAUGGCUUUUGGGCUAUUGGAAGAGUCGGGUUUAGGGGUUUUCUCAUUGGUUCCCUUUUCGGUUUUCAUUACGUUUUCAAGCGCCGAUGGGUUUUGGACUUUCCCAUUAUUCAGCGACCUCCUUUCUUCAGUUUCAAGAUGGGGGUUCCUUCGGCUACUAGACGAGCUUUCAAGCUUUCCACUGUUGCUUUUCUUUUUUCUGCUGUUUUGUUGGAGGUUUUGCCUCAUCCAUUUAAUUACGGCAUUGCAACCAGAAGAUUCUUUGCUGAGCAGAUUAUCUUUUAUGUUGCAAGUUUUGCUAUUUUCCUCUGCUGGGAGUUGACUCAUCAUUUGCACUGGGUUUUACACACUAAGAGGUCCAUAUUUGCACCUCCAAAAGGAUCAGCAGCAGCAGAAACAAAUCCAAGUGAGCAUCUCCUUUCAGCUUUGGAGGAGAGUAAUCCUACAUCUCUUCUUCGGUAUCUUGCAUAUCUUGAUCUCUGUAUGGUUUGUGAGAACAAUGUUGACACUUGGCGGCGUGCUGGAUUUUUUGAAGAAACCGGUGAGACUUAUAAAAGAGUAAUUGCUGUGUGCUUGAGGCCAUUGGAGCAUCUUGUCACAAAAUUAGGUGAAGGCUUAGGAAAUUCUGUUGACAAACCUGCACAACUAUCAAAUCAGUUGUCCUCCCCAACAGAUCCACGACCAGAUUCAAAGUGUGUAGAAGAACUGUACAACUUUCAGCUUUAUGCGUGGUGUUCAAGGACUGUUGCCUCCCUGACUGCCUUCUCACGUAAAGAAGACAAGUUUGGGGUUGCUCAGCUUUCUGGGAGUAAUGCGGCCGUGGUUUCAACCUUGAUAUCCUGCCUUCUUGCUGUUGAAAAUUUCAUGGGAAAGAAAACAAACCUGCAAUCCCCAAAUCAGUUGUUGGGACCUGCUGGUAUCAAAUGGGCAACCAUAAAUAGUGGAAGAGUAGAUGUUGCUGCUGGUAAAAGAAGAAGUGGCCCAGUAAAUUCAAAAGCUUAUGCUAUUGCUGACGUUCUCAAGACUUCAAUAUACCAAAUAGUCUCUGCAUUCCAUGAUGAGAUGUUGGCUGGUGCUAAAGGAAAUCUCCUGGAGAAGGACUGGAUCACAAGUGGGAAACCACUUUUUGGUACUCGUGAGAUGCUUAUACAAAAAUUACGCCUUUUCCUUGAUUUUCGAGCUACCUAACUGCUGCAUUGUAUUGUGGUUUGGGUGCUACUUUCCUGAAUUAAACAACAUGCUUGUAAGACAUUAUACACACUGGAUGUUGUCUAGUGAAAGUUAUAGAUGGAAUGGAAGGAAAGAGUUCAAUUUUGCUGUCAGAAAUUUGAGAUGAAGGAUAUUAAUCUGUAGAGAUUUUGUUGGAUAUACUUACAUUAGCAGGUAAGUAGCCGUUUGGAUGUGCUUGUUCUUAACAAUUGUUUUGGGUACUUCUAUUUUAAUGAGUUUGGAAGAGCUUUUUAUCAU